AUGACGGAUCCAUCUGACUCUGCAGCAACGGGAUGUGAUAUCCCUAUCCGUGGUCUCGACGAAUUCAGAGAGAAAGUAACGACCCUGGAGACAGUGGAAAGUGAUAGGUGGCUGGAUGUUAGCACAAGAUACCUUGCCUCCAGCCGAUGCCCCAAAGCACAGGAGUUUACAGACGAGGAAUUGGCCGUAGCACGGAGCUGGCUAUCCCAGCUUACUCCAAGGACAAUUCCAAGAGAUAUAGGCGAUGUUUCCUAUAGUAGAUCAAGUGGCCCAGGUGGCCAGAAUGUGAACAAGGUAAACUCGAAAGUAACGCUUAAAAUUCCUCUCUCCACCAUUCUGCGACUUGUACCUCGAGCCCUACACGCCCAGAUCCGAUCUUCGCGCUACAUCGCGGAACGCUCUGACAGCUUGGUGAUACAAUCGGACGAAACACGGAAGAAGACAAAAAACCUCGAUCUCUGUUUUGAAAAGCUCCGGGAGCUCCUGCUCACAGCUGGAAAAAUGGCCAUCCCGGGCGAAACGUCGCCUGAACAGAGGAAGAAAGUACAGGCUCUGUAUGUUCUCUUCUCGGCUAUCCUUAGAGCUUGA